CCCGCCGCCCGGCUGCCCGCCCGCUCGGUAUUAUGAUUAGCUCUGGGUGCGGGGAAUCGGCGGCCGGGAGGGAGUCGUCCGGGCCACGGUCGCUGCAGACGGACGCCCGCCUUCGGGCUGAGAGCCUCCUGAGAGUCCGCUUUGGCACCUCCUGCAUUUGGCCUCUGCUCAGGAGAAAGACGCACUUAAGAAAACAGAGCAGUAACAAGGACCGUUCGGAACACAGUUUGCAGGACGGCCAUGGCAACACUGAAAAUGACUUCCUUAUUCUCACCAGACGCUCUCAUGUGAGAAGAUCCCCUUUGGACGGUUGGAACGCCUCCUCGUCCACUGGCCGGCUCGCCAGGCACGUCUUUACGGGCGAAAAGGUAGCCGUGAAAGUCAUCGAUAAAACAAAACUGGACACACUGGCCACUGGCCACCUUUUCCAGGAAGUGAGGUGCAUGAAGCUGGUGCAGCACCCCAACAUCGUGCGUCUCUACGAGGUGAUUGACACCCAGACCAAACUGUACCUCAUCCUGGAACUCGGGGACGGGGGGGACAUGUUCGACUACAUCAUGAAACACGAGGAGGGCCUCAACGAGGACUUGGCCAAGAAGUACUUUGCACAGGUGGUUCACGCCAUCUCUUACUGCCACAAGCUCCACGUGGUCCACAGAGACUUGAAGCCGGAAAACGUGGUCUUCUUCGAAAAACAAGGUCUCGUGAAGCUGACGGACUUCGGUUUCAGCAACAAGUUCCAGCCGGGAAAGAAGCUCACGACCAGCUGCGGAUCCCUUGCCUAUUCCGCUCCAGAAAUUCUGCUCGGUGACGAGUAUGACGCGCCCGCAGUAGAUAUAUGGAGCCUGGGCGUGAUCCUGUUCAUGCUGGUGUGCGGGCAGCCGCCCUUUCAAGAGGCCAACGACAGCGAGACGCUGACGAUGAUCAUGGAUUGUAAAUACACGGUCCCCGCUCACGUGUCCAAAGAGUGCAAAGACCUGAUCACCCGGAUGCUGCAGCGAGACCCCAAGAGGAGGGCCUCCUUGGAGGAGAUCGAAAACCACCCGUGGCUUCAGGGCGUGGACCCUUCCCCCGCCACCAAGUACAACAUCCCCCUGGUGUCCUACAAGAACCUCUCGGAGGAGGAGCACAACAGCAUCAUUCAGCGCAUGGUGCUCGGCGACAUAGCGGAUCGGGACGCCAUCGUCGAGGCCCUGGAGACCAACCGGUACAACCACAUCACGGCCACGUACUUCUUGCUUGCGGAAAGGAUCCUGAGGGAGAAGCAGGAGAAAGAGAUACAGACGAGGUCUGCCAGCCCCAGCAACAUCAAGGCCCAGUUUAGGCAGUCCUGGCCCACCAAAAUCGACGUGCCCCAGGACCUGGAGGACGACCUCACGGCCACUCCACUGUCCCACGCAACUGUCCCUCAGUCCCCUGCGCGGGCUGCCGACAACGUCCUCAACGGCCACCGGAGCAAAGGCCUGUGUGACCCGGCGAAGAAAGACGACCCGCCCGAGCUGGCCGGGCCGGCCCUGGCCGCGGCGCCGCAGGCCAGCCUGAAACCCACGGCCAGCGGGCGGAAGUGCCUGUUCCGGGUAGAAGAGGAUGAAGAGGAAGACGAGGAGGACAAGAAACCCAUGUCCCUCUCCACGCAGGUGGUUCUGCGCCGCAAGCCUUCGGUGACCAACCGCCUGACGUCGAGGAAGAGCGCACCGGUCCUGAACCAGAUCUUCGAGGAGGGCGAGUCGGACGACGAGUUCGACAUGGAUGAGAACCUGCCCCCCAAGCUGAGCAGGUUGAAGAUGAACAUCGCCUCCCCGGGGACGGUGCACAAGCGCUACCACCGCAGGAAAAGCCAGGGCCGCGGGUCCAGCUGCAGCAGCUCGGAGACCAGCGACGAUGACUCUGAGAGCCGCCGGCGGCUCGAUAAGGACAGUGGCUUCCCCUACUCCUGGCACCGCCGGGACAGCAGCGAGGGGCCGCCGGGCAGCGAGGGCGAUGGUGGCGGCCAGAGCAAGCCGAGCCCCGGCAGCGGUGGUGCAGACAGGGCCAGCCCCGGUGAGGGCGGCGCGGGCGGGGGCAGCGCUUCGGGUGGCUCGGGCGGAGCCCCGGGCGGCUCGUCGGGCAGUGCUCGCCGCUGUGCGGGCCCAGCAAACUCCAGCGCCACGCAGCUGGCAGCGCGCAGCGCCGGGGAGCUGGUGCAGAGCCUCAAACUCAUGGGCCUGUGCCUGGGCUCCCAGCUCCACGGGGGCACCAAGUACAUUAUUGACCCGCAGCAUGGCCUGACCUUCUCCAGCGUCAAAGUCCAGGAGAAGUCCUCCUGGAAAAUGUGCAUCAGCUCUGCCGGGAACGCGGGCCAGGCGCCGGCGGUGGGCGGCAUCAAGUUUUUCUCCGACCACGUGGCAGCCAGCACGGCUGCGUUGGAACGGAUAAAGAGCGAGAACCUGAAAAAUAAUGCGCUCCAGCUGCCUCUGUGUGAAAAGACCAUCUCUGUGAACAUCCAGCGGAACCCUAAGGAGGGGCUGCUGUGCGCCUCCAGCCAGGCCAGCUGCUGCCACGUCGUCUGACUGCCAGGCCGGGCCGCCGGACGCUUCCUGCUGGGCGCGGUGAGGGCCGCUCUGUCACUGUUUCCUUCCCAGUUUUGCCGUUUCACGGCGGGCGGUUAUUUAUUACCCUUCCGUUUGUUCGCCUGGCGAUGUGACAAUGCAUGGACCUUGUGCAUGCUGCUGCUAGACACUACCUUUCUUUUCCAGCUGGACAGUCUACUGUGUCAUUUCUACGUUCAUAACUUUAAUGUGGGUGACCAGGAGUAAAUUAAAAUGUAUAUUUGGAACCUUAAUGUAAGUGGAGCACUUAGAAAUUUGCUGUUCCGCACUUACCCUGGGGAGAGGAGAAGACGCUUUUGUUUCCUUGUUGCAAAAUCUCAAUUCCUGUCCUGACCUUGCGGCGAUAUGGAAACUCCAUGCUGUGAGGCACACCUGGUGUCCGAGGCAGAACCAAAGCAAUAACGGUGUGAAGCCGGCAGGCCUGGGGCCCGCCUGCCUGCCCUCCAGGGCCUGUGCAGGUCCGCACUAGAACCUCAAGCCGUGAUUUCAGCGUACCCACACCUGUUUGUCUUAAGCUAGAGUGUGAAAAAAAGGUUUGGGCUCUUAAAAGUUAACUGAAAAAGAUUUUCUUGUUUUGUAAUAGGUGAGAUAAAGUACUUAGAUUUAUAAGGCAGCUUUCCCUGUAGUGGUGAAUUACAAGCAGACAAUCUUCUUUUGUAAUGUGAUAAAGUGGACUGAUGUCUUAACUCUAGUUAUAGAGUGUACGUCUGUUUAACAGAACAAAACGGCGCUCUGUGUAAGUCCCUGCAUGUCGGGCACAGCCCGGGGUUUCCUGUGAAACCAGGCACACGGAAGCAAAGGCGCACACAGAGGUAGGCAAAGUCAAAAGCCUGUCAACUUACAAAACAUACGUAUGUGGAUUUCAUUUUAGGGAGGUUGGUAAUGAGGUUGUCUCAUUAUUUCUAUUUUAUAUCCUUUAGCUCAAUUAGCCGUGAACAUUGGCUGAUCAAAAAUUAUACAUAAAAGGGUAGAAUUCACACAUACAGCAAACAAAAAUGCAUAAAGCCUGCUUUGUUGGUGUGUGUUUGUUUUUUGCUGGAAGUGUUUUUCACUUUGCCUUCCUGCCAAACCAGUAAUCAAAGUACUCUCGCUUUAAACUACUCCUGUACAAAGACCACUUCUGACCAGAUAAUCAUCUUUCCUGACAUUUUAUUUGUGGAGCACAGUGUGUCGCAGAUUGCUAAUCAGGGGAGGGGCCAGAUGCCACUUUGUCCUGCUGUGCCCCAUGCUUGUCCACGCUGGGGAUGGGAUGCGGCGGGGCCCCAGGGCCGUCCCGCACCUGUCAGCCUCUGGCACCGUCCCCGGAGCUACAGGCUCCUGGUGGCCGAGUGGGCAGAGCACCGAGGGGUGGCGUCCGUGGGUCACGGUUUCUCCAAGUGCACACUGACCUUGCUACUUAGUAUCCACGUAUUUUACUCAGAACUCUGGAUUUCGCUGUAUACUUACUAAACUAAGUAAAGAUGAGACAAAAUACUUCUUUUACUUUCUAGACCUAGGCUAGGUAUGUUUUAAGCUAUAGCUCUAGUUCAUUGUGAUAUUUAUAAUCGAAAGCUACAAGAAUAGAUGUGUGGGUGAAGCCAUAGAACACAUUUGCUUGAAAUUCUUGAGCAGGGAUCUUCUAAAGGGCCAGAAACAAGAUGUGUGGUUCACACAGAUAGUGAAGCGUGACAUCUGUAUUCCGCGUAGGAGAGAAGUUUGUAAAAAGGGCAUUGGCAAUAAACUCUUUGUUGCAGCUGUUUUCCAAGUAAUGUAAAUACUUUUUCCUGUGAUUAUGUAUAGCCUUGGAAUGGCACCUUUUAACCCAUAUGUGUUCGGUUUCCAAUGGUUUUUUAUAUUCAGAUGUAUAUAUGGUGCUCACGUUAGAAUCGGCAUUGUUGACCGUCUAUGCUGCACAGCUGUAUCAUAGCCUUACUAGUUGUGUGUGGUUGGUCGGCCCUCCGGGUGCACACACGUUAGUCUGAGUGGCGUCUCAUUCAUUUGUUCAUACGUGAACGGUUGUGCAUGUGUCGUGUGUCCCAGUGUGUUGUCACAUAGAAGGGAGGGAGCGAGUAACCAUUACAUUAAGAUAAUAUUGGACCAAACUACUUACCUGCUCUAAACAGUUUCCUGUACCCCUUAACCUGUCUUCAGAAGUUGCAUAGAGUUACAGUAGUGUGUAAGUUAAAUAUUGUGGACAAUUAUUCUUGUAUUUUUCUGUAUGUGUGUGUAUAUAUAUACAUAUAUGUGUAUAUAUAUAUAAAAAUUAUGUACUUCUGGCAGUUCUAUCUGUAUUUAAAGAUGUGACAAUCUUGACACCGAUUAUAAGAGUAGUCGUGAGACUGAAUUAAGUGUUCAGACCUUUCUCCCAAGUGAGAACCGACGCGUGUUAAGAGGGUACGGAGUUAUCAGCCGAUUUGGUCAGUUGCUUCCACUGCUGGUUGGUUUUCCUCAUUGUGUGAACAUUGGCAGGUAUGUGACAAGUGGGAAACAACCCAGACAAUAAAGUGGCAUAUUGGUGUUCAGCAAUGUAAA